UAUAUGUGAAUAUUGCAUAUUAAUAAUCGGAAAUAUUAAAGCUAAUUGCCAAACUUGGGCAACUGCUUACAUUUGUACUUUCGCCGCGCAUGCCGGUGGCUCGCUUGACCGACUAAUCGAGCGGCUUCUGUGAUUGUGUGUGUAAAAGUGUAAAAAAAAGAAAAGUGUGCACCGCACAGUUAAAAAUCGCGUGUGUUUAUAAGUUAUAGUAAUUCAAGUUUAGCUCACGCAACCAUGGCUGACGGCGUGGUGCUUGACUUGUAUGCUGAAGAUUUGGACAAGGACUUUACCGGGCAAGUUCAGGAUGAAUUUGGUGGUGAUGGCGUCGAUUUGUAUGAUGACAUUGGUGGGCCCACCGAGCCAAUAGCUGCAGGCGGCGGCGGCGGUGGUGGCACGCCUACGGGCGAUAAUAAUUCUGGACCAGGCUCUAUAGAUGGCUCGAGUGGCGUGGGACCCAAUGGAGUUUACCAUCAGGGCAGUGGUAACCAAACUCCAACAAUGAACCGACGCUAUCAACUAUAUGUAGGCAAUUUGACCUGGUGGACCACCGACCAAGAUAUCUCCAACGCCUUGCGCGACAUUGGAGUCAAUGAUCUACAGGAAGUCAAGUUCUUUGAAAAUCGUGCAAAUGGUCAAUCCAAAGGUUUCAGCGUUAUAUCACUUGGUUCAGAGCCAAGUUUACGCACAGUGCUUGAUCAAUUACCCAAGAAGGAGCUGCAUGGCCAGACCGUAGUGGUCACCUAUCCAAGCAAGCAGGCGCUCACUCAAUUUGAAAGUCUGCAAAAAACGCGUCCAGUGCCGCCACCGCAGCAAAAUGGUCCUCCACGCGGUCCAGCACCACCCAAUAUGGGCGGUCCAAUGCAACCGCAUCCGGGCGUUCCGCAAGGUGGGCCGCCAGGUCAUGCACCACGCAUGAAUCCCAACAUGCCGCAAGGUCAAUACCGACCCCACAUGUCGCAAGUUCCGCAAGUUGGACAAAACUCUGGUCCACCGCGUAUGCAGCCGCCAAUGCAUCAACAGGGCGGCCCAAUGGGCAACCAACAGCCGCCACCCAGGUAUCCGCCAGCGCAAGGGCAAUGGCCAGCUCAACGUCCAGGUGGGCCCCGACCGGGUCCACCAAACGGACCUAUGCAGCAUCGACCACCAAUGUUCCAGGGUCCCAUGGGCAUGCCAGUGCGAGGCCCUGGCCCGGGGCCUGAUUGGAGACGGCCGCCAAUGCAUGGCGGUUUUCCGCCUCAAGGGCCACCACAUAUGCAGGGUCCCCCACGACCACAAAUGGGACCUGGACCGCCGCCUGGCUCAGCCGGGCCACAUGGCGCUCCUGCACCACACGUGAACCCAGCGUUCUUCAAUCAACAAGGAGCACCGCCGCCGCAUCCGGGAAUGGGUGGACCUCCACAUGGACAACCAGGACCGCAGCCAGGCAUGAAUAUGCCGCCACAGCACGGACCGCCACCACACUUUGCCCAGCAAGGUGGGCCACGUAAUCCUUGGCCAGGACCACCUCAAGGCAAGCCACCAGGCUCUUUCCCCGAUCCAUCUGGGUUAACGGAAGUGGAGUUCGAAGAGGUCAUGAGCAGAAAUCGCACCGUCAGCAGUUCUGCCAUAGCCAGAGCUGUUUCGGAUGCUGCAACUGGCGAAUACUCCAGCGCCAUUGAGACGCUGGUCACUGCCAUUUCACUCAUCAAGCAAUCUAAAGUUGCGCAUGAUGAACGCUGCAAGAUUUUAAUAAGCUCGCUGCAGGACACGCUUCAUGGCAUUGAAGCCAAGAGCUACAAUCGACGAGAACGUUCACGCUCGAGGGAUCGCUCUCAUCGCAGUCGACAACGUCGUGAGCGCUCGACUUCACGCUAUCGCGAGAGAUCACGCGAGCGAGAGCGCGAUCGAGAUCGUGAGCGUGAACGCGAUGGAGGCUACAGAGAACGUUCGCGCAGCAGAGACCGCGAGCGCCAAGCUCAGGAUCACUACAGAGAUGACAGCAGCAGUCGUUCAGCACGUCCACGUAAAUCUCCAGAGCCAGUUGUAGCAGAGGCUGCUGAGGCACCGUCGUCGAAGCGGUACUACGAGGAGCGAGAGCGUUAUCGUUCAUCGGAUCGUGAGCGACGCGAUAGAGACAGGGAUCGUGAGCGUGAGCGCGAACGCGAUAGAGAUCGACGUGAAGAGCAUCGCUCCAGGCAUUGACUGCUACACAAGCAAGAGUAACAAAAGCAACACAAAACACACUUUACAUACUUAAAACUACUAAACACACACACACUCUCUUAACACAAAUGAUGCAGUAAGCUGAAGAGCAGCCACAAGUUUAACAAAUAUUGAUUUGUAUCUAACAUUACCAAUACGUAGGAUAUGAAUAUGGCAUAACAUAGUUUCUCCUAGACGUACUAAAGUAAGCCGAAAUGUUGACAACAAAAUCCUCUACAAUCUACAAUACAACAAUAUACAACACAAUCGAAUGACGGACUUGCAGCUAACCAGUCAAUCAUUAAGCGACAUGCUGUCUUCUGGGACACACACUUAACCACAUGACCACACAUCUGGACUUGAAUAAGCAUUGGCUGCAGCAAGCUUCCAGUCAGCAGCAGUAAACAGCAAUCAACGCCAACAUCAACUUAGCCGUCUACACAGCAGAAUUUCAAUAUUAUUGUACUUUAAUAUUUCGGUUUAUUUAAU